AUCAACACUAGCUUGGUAUAGAACACAAAAUGGCGGACGCUUAUGAAGGAGUCAGUCGUGGUACCUUAAAGCUAAAAGGAGUCUCAGACGGAGGCGUUAAGAAGAAGAAAAAGAAGAACAAGGCAAAGAAAGUGCUUGAAGAUUUGUCUCAGAGUGCAUCUAAAGGAAAAAAUGAUCGAAGUGAAGAGGAGCACGAAGAGGAAAUGGUUGAUACACGAACACCAGCUGAAAUUGCUUAUGAUAAAAUUAAAGAGAAAAGGGCAGCAGAGAGGAUUUUGAAGAAGGCAGAGAAAACCCACAAGCAAAGAGUUGAGAAAUUUAAUGAUUAUCUUGAUGGUCUCUCAGAACAUUAUGACAUACCAAAAGUCAGCUGGACAAAAUGAUCUUCUUAUCACUUUGAUGUCAUCAAUUGGUUGCUUGUUGGAGAGAAGGCAAACAAAUUGCUUCUCUACAGUGGAUUUUGUUAGGAAAAAAAAAAAACCUAUUGUAUAAAAGACUUAUCAUGCAAGUGGUAUAAUUAUGGUAGUUGUCCUGAAUUGCCAGGGUCUCAUCAGAGAGCAUUAGCUAAAAUUAAAACAAGGGAUGUUUUACAAAGCCACAAUGAUUAAUUAAUUUUUGUAGAUGUGGGUAAAAAAGGGGGAUCAAGGAAAAGCAAGAGGACCCACUUCUUCUUACCCCUUCCAGCCUGCUUGCCUAUUGUCUUCCUCUUGAGCAGUAGGAUAGGAUGCUCUUGUACCCUUACUCUGGGUUAAGUAUCCAAAGUAGAGAGGACAUCCAUGUCAUGGAGGAGUAGUUUAAGGACUCACUAGCAAAUAUGCACAGACUGUGAGCUUUGAAUUAAUCAACACUGUACCUUUAAAAUGCCCACUUUUACUUUCACAAUGUACAAGGUGGCAUCUCCUAUGUAACCAAAAAUGCUUACUGGAGACAUUAGCUUAGUGUCCUUUACAGCUGUUAUUUGGUAUGUCUUUCUACAUGUUUAGCUACUUCAAGAAGAGCUGCUGCACAAAGGACCGGCAUUUGUGUGGUCCUAGGUCUUCCCAUUAUUGAAUUAUAGAGACCGGUAUCUUGA